AUGCCCGGAUAUGGUUAUGAGAGAAUGAAACUUAAAGAAUAUCUUGGCAUCGAAUGGAUCAAGAAUGGUUUAGAUCGAAACGCGUAUUCCCUCGAUAAACCAAUACGUCAUGCAAGUGAUUUGGAUUGCACGUUUGACCAUCCUGAGAAAUGUAGAUGGAAAAAUGUUGAAGCACAGGAAGCGCUGGAUUCCUUAGAUUUUCAUUUAUUCGAAAAAAGUGACUCAACAGAGUUCCCAGUAUUGCAAGUACGCCCCGGGCCAUCAAAACUUCGACGAGGCGAUAAAUUCAUAUUCACCGGUGAUAGAAAGGAAGAAGAGCAAUCCGCUAUAUGGAAGAGCGCAACAAUAAAAUGUCAAAAUUCAACUGGUCACCUUAGUUUCACAUUCUGGCUAUACAAUGGUGCUAGAGUGGAAGUACUAAUAUUUGAACACAAAAAUGGUCGUUUAAAAGUGCUACCAGAAAAACCAUUUGUUGACUGCGGAGUUGUUACUUUAAAUACAGAUUGCGUAGCUGCAAUUCCUCCUCAUGAUACCCCAUUCAGCCUUGGAAUUCGAGCAUAUGACAUCAAAAAUGCAGAUGGCUCAUUUGUGAUGGUUGAUAACAUUUAUUAUCGCGCAUCAUUGUGCAAAACAGGAAUUGACUUUGGUAAUGAUUUUAAAGGAGAACCGCUUAUGACACUGACUGAAGAUUAUGUGAUUAAUAGUGCGAAUGAAAUCGAUUGCACGGAUUUCAACAAAAAUUGUAAAUGGAUGCCCAUGGGUCGCGGUCCUGAGGUAUUAGCUUGGAAAAUUGCACGAAAACCACCGGAUCGACAUUCAUUUUUUAAUGCAACAGGGACAUAUAUUAUUCCACAUCCUCCUUUUGCUUUUUUAUAUAUCAAGCAAGAUCAAACAGGUCCUUUUAGUGCUCUUCGAUCAAGCGUUAUCACUUGUCAAAAUGAUGAACCAUCGAAAUUAUCUGAUUUAAUCUCAUUUUUUAGAUUUUGGACGACACGCGAAGUUCUUUUAGAAGUAUGCGCUAUAGAUAAAAUGCUAAAAGAUCUGGAAUGCUAUCCAUUACCAAUGGCACAGUCACCAAAUCUCCAAACGACGAAAAAAAAUUUUUUAAAAGAAAUAAUUCAGAUAAUUAUUCGAGUUAAAAAAAUAAAUCCUGAUUUCGAUAAUUUCAUCGCAAUUGAUGAUAUUUCGUUUAAAGCAGUGUUAUGUUCAGAAACAACUGAUGAGUGGGAUUUAGAUUCGAAUUUUUUCAUGGCACCAAUGCUAAGCGUACUUCAACAAAGGCCUAUUUUAUCAUCAAAAGAUUUGGAUUGUUCAUUUAAUCGACGUGCUAUUGACUGCAUGUGGGCUAAUUAUGAUAAACAAAAUCCUCAAUGGCUUGUUGCAUCGAUGCCAGUUAAUAAACAAAAAAUGUAUUCAUUGACAAGAACAAUGCAAUUCCCAGAAGGAGAAUUUGCCAUUGUGCGCUUGAAACGUGCACAAACAGCUCACUUAAUUUCUGAACUUAUUCGUUGCGUUUCACAUUCGGCUAUACUUUCUUUCAGAUUUUGGGAGACAGGUUCAGCAAGACUAAAGGUGUGCUUACUGGAAGAAAAAAAACCAGAUCUGGUCGAUUGUCAGCAAGUCACUCUGGAACAACCUGGACCAGUUAUCGUUGAUAUACCAAGGCUUAAGCACCCAUUUCGCAUUGCUAUAAGAGCUGAAACAUCAGCGAAGAAUCUGAGUGGAAUGGCCAUUAUUGAUGAUCUACAAGUAUCGGUCAGAAACAUUCAUGGCGCUAAAACUGUAUCCUUUCAAUCCUUUCAACAACCUGAUCCCAAUGUUUGCCGCCUACUUUCUUGCCAAUUUAUAAAUGGGCAGACUUGUCUUUUCAAUUUGGGCCAAACGACAUCAUCUAAUCGUUUUCGAGUGGCUCAUGAUUUUGUUAUUGCUAAUUUGCAUAGAAAAGGAAAAAUAGUUAUUCUUGAAUCACCAAACUUCGCUCUGAAUGCGCCUGCUCGAUUGCAUUUCUUUUAUCAAAAGGUGGAAUCUUCAUCCUUAUUUUUCUGCCAUGACAGUUUAAAUCGAGAAUUGGAUGGAUGCUUUGAGGUUAAUAGUCAUAAUAAGAAUUCAACUUGGCAUCAUGACUUCGUGAAAAUCUUACCAAGUGAUGCAAAAAUUUAUUUUAUCGGCAAACUUCGUGAUGGAUUUCGAAAGGGUCAAAUAUCAAUUGCCAAUAUAACAUUGACUAAUCUGGAUAACAUCGUUUGUGCAUAG